CGCGCUCAAGGCUGGGGCAAAACCGAGGCCGGGAUAGGGCGUGGGGCAGCGCGUCGGGAUGUCCCUCGCGUCGAGCCUGAUGGCGCGUGCGCAGUGGGCGGCCGCCGGGGAGGCUGAGGGGCGGGGCGGGGGCAAGAGUGGCUUCUUUGCCUCGCUGUGCCCUAGCGCCGCCCGGACGCCGCGCGGGCCGCCGGCACCAUGAAGAUCUGGACUUCGGAGCACGUCUUUGACCACCCAUGGGAAACUGUUACAACAGCUGCAAUGCAGAAAUACCCAAACCCUAUGAACCCAAGUGUGGUUGGAGUUGAUGUAUUGGACAGACACGUAGAUCUCUCUGGAAAGUUGCACAGCCAUAGACUUCUCAGCACGGAGUGGGGACUGCCUUCCAUUGUGAAAUCUCUUAUUGGUGCAGCAAGAACCAAAACAUAUGUGCAAGAACAUUCUGUAGUGGAUCCCGUAGAGAAAACAAUGGAACUUAAAUCUACCAAUAUUUCAUUUACAAAUAUGGUUUCAGUAGAUGAGAGACUUAUAUACAAACCACAUCCUCAAGACCCAGAAAAAACUGUUUUGACUCAAGAAGCCAUAAUUACCGUGAAAGGGGUCAGUCUCGGGAGUUACCUCGAAGGACUGAUGGCAAGCACGAUAUCGUCAAAUGCCAAUAAAGGCCGAGAAGCAAUGGAAUGGGUAAUACAUAAAUUAAAUGCUGAAAUUGAGGAAUUGACGGCUUCGGCAAGAGGGAGCAUAAGGACACCAAUGGCAGCAGCAGCAUUUGUGGAGAAAUGAUAAUGAAAGUUGAUAACACCCAGUUCCCCAGGUCUCUACAAGCUGGCAGUAUAUUUAUUUGUUAUUUAAAAAAUACAACUAUAUUUUCAGUAGAAUUGUUUUUUUAAUAAGCUGAAGAAGGACUGUGUGACUUGAUCUAAACAAAGAGGUGCAGGGUUUCUAAAUAAAAGGGAUUGGCUGAAAUUAGUGUUGUCUGAAAUGACUGUCUGAUUUUGAGCAUUCCAGUAUUUAUGUAAAAAUUUAACAAUUUUUGAAAAGUACUUGAAAAUUGGUAUUGGCUGAUUAAACCUCCCUAAGGUAGAAUUUUAAAGCUUUUCACGCAUUGGAACUCUACCUGUCUUUGGACCAACCCCAGAACCAAGCAGAGCCACCUCUUACAUACCCACCACUGCCCUGCAAUAAACUUGGAGAACUUGCACGAGGGAACUCACUUUUAAAGGAGAAACUAUAGUUUUAAAAAGACAUUAAUUGUAUAAAAUAAUUUGCUCUGCUAUAAACCACCAUUAAAAAUCACAAUUUUUUAAUUUGGUACUCAACAUUUUUGGAGUAAAAAUUAUCAUGAAAGUAAUAAAUGACUCCAACAAAAAAUGUAUUUUAUUGUGUUAAAGAGUACUGUAUUGAUUUGCCAAAGUUUUGUAACUUAGUAAAGGUGUUACCUUCCUUGGAUCUGUACUUUAUGACUUAGUAUGCUGUGUCGUGGGCUGGUUACGUUAACUGAAAAAAUAAAGUCAUUAGAAUUUUGCAGCACUCU